GCGUCAAAAGAACCAUCAUCUUGCGAAGAACAACUAAGCAAGAAAAAAACAUCCUCACUCUCUCUCUGUCUCUCUCGCUCUGCGGCUGAAUUGGGUAAUGUGAGGUUUUGACUCCUAUUUACUCCUAAGUCCUACCAAAUGUCCCUAAAAUAUCUCAUUCGUUUUUCUAUAAAUGGCAGGUGAGUAAGUGGGUUUUUCUUUGGCUUUUGCUCUUUCUGUGCAUCUUUUUCUCUUCUCAGGAGUUUUAGGACUACUAAGCAAAAGCAAAAUGAGGCUUUGAAAGAAGAAAAAAGAAUGGAAAAUAGUAUUAGCUAGCUAGCUUCAGUUUUGUCCUAUCAUUUUCUGACAAAGUCACCUCCUUUUCUUGCUUUCUUCCCUAAAAACCUCUGUUAAAAUACCAAACCCACCUCCAUUUUUCCAAGCCAGAAUGGACUUCUCUGGUUCAUCAGUUGGAUAAUCCAUGAUAUGAUAUGAUAUGAUAGGGUAAGAUUCUCCACAGCUUUUGCAAGACCCACUUUUUUCUGCUGCCAAAGCCGGCAUUUUUAAGUGUAUCUCAACCUCUGUUUUACACUGGACCAAAAUCCCUUUUUUAUUUUGUUGAUUAACUAGUACUCUUUAAAGGUUUAGAGGAAAAAAGAGAGAGAAUGGGCUGUGUUGCAUCCAAGAAAACUGAAGAGGACGACGUGGUUAUGUUAUGUAAAGAGAGAAAACGCCUUCUGAAAAUGGCGGUAGAGAGGAGGUAUGCGCUAGCAGAUGCACAGUGUAAGUACAAUCACUCGCUUUACUCUGUAGCCGCUGCUAUAAGACUGUUUGUUGCUCGGUAUUCCUCUCCAGCUUCUCCAUUUCUCAUCACUUUCCCCUCUACUACCUCUACUGAGGCCACAGAGUCCUUCGUCUCUAACCCCUUGUUCCUCCAUCAGAGACCAUCCGAACCCACCCACGAAACCAUUUCUUGCGCAUUCUCUGAUUCUGCAGUCGCUGUUGAAACUUCUGGGGUAGACGGAGAAAAACAAGGACAACAAAACCCAGAAUUCAAGGAAGAAGUAAAGGACGCUGAGGAGGAGGAUAGUGAUUAUACUGAGUCUGAGGAAGAUGAAAUUGAAAGUGAAGAAAAACCGGUCUGUGAGCAUUUUUAUGAUGAAAUGGCUCCAGUAAUGAAAUCACCACAGAGAGAUUUUGGGUGGGAUUUCUUUUAUCCUUUUGGUGGGGUAAGGACAGAGGUGGUGAAUGGGUUUGGUCAGAACUGCGAUGAGGAUUUGAGGAUGGUGAGAGAGGCAGAAGGGAUACCAGAUUUGGAAGAGGUUGGAGAAAAAUUAACAAGUGAGGAAAAGGUUAUGGAUGUUAAUGAUGGCAAUGUGGGUCAUAAGGAAGUUGGUGGGUUUGAGGCUGUGACAAAAGGGGAAAUUGUCAAUGAGAACCAAGAGGAGCAAAAGGGCUUGAAGGUGGUUGAUACACCCAUGAACGGUAGAGAUUCUAGAGAACUACUGGAAGCAUUGAAGGAUGUUGGGGACCACUUCAUUAGGGCCUAUGAUUCUGGUUUGGAAGUUUCUAGGAUGCUAGAGACUAAAAUGGCUGAAGCGCAAUCUGCUCUGGAUCAGGAAAUUAAAGUUGGGGGUGCAGAGAACUCAAAUAAGCUCAUUCGGUCUAUUACACGUAGCCGAUCCACCUCAUCAACAUUAUCUUGGUCUUCCUCAUGUAAGAGUCUCCUUACAUCUAGCUCCAAAAGUUCUUCAACGUGGACAGAGUUGAAGGAUGAUUUAUUUGAUGACUAUGGAGGAAUGGAAUCUGGGAGCCACGCACUGACACUAGGAAGGCUAUAUGCUUGGGAGAAGAAACUCUAUGAGGAAGUGAAGGCUGGAGAAGAAACAAGGAAAAUUUAUGUGCAAAAAUGCUCCCAAUUGAGAAAUAAGGACGCGAGAGGAGAAGGCAUCGGCAAUGGGGACAAGACCCAAGCUGAAGUUACAGACUUGUAUACCAGUAUUUUGAUUGCCAUAAGAAGUGCUGACUCAAUCUCCCAAAGAAUCCAAAAACUGCGAGAUGAAGAGUUGCAGCCACAAAUUGUUGAGCUUCUCCAUGGCCUGAUGAGAAACUGGCAGAUAAUGUUGGAAUCACAUGAAGCUCAAAACCGAAUCAUGUUUGAAGUGAAUUCAUUCAACUGUCCUACUUAUGGGAAAUUCUGCAAUGAUUUGCACCGUCUUGCUACACUUCAACUUGAGGCAGAACUUCAAAAUUGGCAUGCUUGCUUUGUUGCAUAUGUUUCUUCACAAAAAGCGUACAUUGAAGCUCUUAAAGGUUGGCUAUCCAAGUUUGUUACACCAGAAACUGAAUUCUACUUGAAGGGCAGGUCUUUACUCCCAUCAUGUAGAAUCAAUGCGCCACCAUUACUUGUAUUAUGUCAUGACUGGUUGGUUUGCUUGGAUAAGCUGCCAGAUAAGACAGUUACUUAUGCCAUGAAAAGCUUUAAUAAGGAUGUGAGAGCUUUGUUGGUUCAACAGGGGGAGGAACAGCAACAGAAGAGGAAGGUUGAUGGACUUGCCAUACAACUUGACGGGAAAGUUCUGGCAUUCCAAAGGGUAGAGAGAAAAGUUCUUUCGAAAAAGCUUUCUGAUCAGGAGACAGAGAUGCAUGUGCGGAGUAGGAUUGAGUACUUGACUGAGAGGAAGGAUCAAUUGGAAAUGUUUAGAAAGAGGCUUGACAUGGAGAAGGUGAAGCAUCAGAGUUGCAUGCAAGAGACACAGCGUAUUGCUGUAAGUGGAUUUCAGACAGGCUUUUCUUCACUUUUUGAGUCAUUGACCGAGUUCUCAAAGGCUACUCUAAAGAUGUAUGCUGACCUUGUAACGGACCGUAAAACAUCAAUAGUAGAUGAAAAAGGUACCAACCCACCAUUGAAAGGAUGAACUUGAAGCCCUCAAGUUUGAAUAAAGACAGAUGAAAAUAGAUUCUAGAAAAGGGUUUUCGGGAUAUUGGGUGAUCCUAUGUGCUUGCUGAAAUGCUAUUAUUUAAAUAGCAGGGUUUAAAAUGUAAAGUUGUUUCAAAUUCUUUCUUACUAGUAUAGUGCUUAUUAAUGCAAUGGUAUGGACAUUACUUAAGAGAA